GCUUACUCUCCCAACACAACGCACGCUUUCCGCCGCAUCAUCUUCUUACACUGUGUAUAUAUACCGUGAAAUUACACCUGAGCAACACAUCAUACAUAAUCACAAUGGGCUUCAAACGCAAGCGAUCCGUCGACGAGUCCCCCAUGUCCGUCUCCAGCUUCGCCGGUUUCGCAACGCCCGACGCACAGUCCCCCACACCCAUUCCCAAUGGCUCCAGCGGCAUGAUGGACGUGGAUGCUCCUGCGAGCAGAGGCACAGGGUGGGAUUUCUCAAAUCUGGGACGGAUAAAGAGCAGCGACUGGGGGCUGCGCACACGCAAGCGGGUCAGAGACAACAGGCCGGACGAGCAUAUAAUACACGCAGAAACCACAAUCAACAAGCUCUUCUCUGCACAGCGCAAUCAGCCGCACGCCGAGCCCAUACUGUCUGACACACUGCCCGCGCAACAAGCACCCGUCAUCCAGAAGUCGCAAAAGUCAACAUUGCACGCGUUUUGGAAAAUUCCUGCACCGCCUGUGCAGCUGCCAUUUGCGCAGAUGCAGCCCCAACGCGAGGCGGAAGCACCCCGGUGCGAGGACUGCGACACGCUGCUUGAAAAGGACGCAAUCGAUAUGGAUGUCGAUAUGGAUGUCGACGGCCCACUGGAUAGGUGCUCGCUCGCGUGCAGCGACUGUGGGAGGAGCGUAUGCGGCAAGUGCGCGGUUGUAACGAACGCUAGGCAUUGCUUGCAGUGCGCGACGUCGGCGAGGAAUCCGAAGAGGUGGUGGUAG